GCCAUUCUUUGAUUUGCCUUUGAGAUCUCGGGAUCGUUCCAGAUUCUACCUUUAAAUUCUCAUUUCCUAACUACUGAUUUAAGAUAUAAUGGGUUGUGGAGCUAGUAAACGCCAAGUUCAACCGGUUGAUGAUAAUAAAAAGCCACCCACCGAUUCUAAAAAACUGUUGAAAAAGAGAAAGAGUAAAAGGAUUGAUGUUCAAGUUGCACCCAAUAGGGAUAGCGAGGGAGAAGAUGCUGGAAUAGAAUUACCAUCUAUUAAGUCUGAUAGAGCAAACUCAGGUGUAUCUCGUUACGGAUCAAGUAAAUCUCGAACGUCUUCUGUUUUGAGAAGUAGUAAAUUGUUUGGAUCAAGAGACUCUUUAGGAUUAGAUUCAAGAAAUGGAUCUGCUACAUCAAAAGUAUCGAAGCAUAGCUGUGAUUCCGGUUUUGAUGAUCCUGAAUAUGCAAAAGUGAUUACAGAGGAAUCAAAUGAAAAUGAAGUAAAUAGAGUUGAAAAUGAUUUUAAGACUCCUAGAGAUAUGUCAGAUUUCUCUCUUAGCGGGGUAUCAUACGCUAGGAUUUCAAGUGCUACAAAGAAAAUCAGGAAAGAAGAACGGGAUAUCCUCGCUAACCUUCAGAAUGAAGGUCUUAUUCAAAGACCGGUAUCAAGAGCUGCCGGUGGAUUUUCAUUUGAAAUUGUGUCAGAUGAGCAAGCUAUGGGAUUAAAUGUAAGAAAACCACCCGCAAGGCUAAUGAAAUUAGAAAAGAGAAAAAAGAAAAAGAGAGAAUUGACUGAGGAUGAUAUCAAAGCUAAAUUGGAAAAAGCUGAACUUCGCCGAAAGAAAAACGAACAGGAAAGAGUAGAAAAAGCUCAGAAAAGUUCCAUACAGGAUGCCUUGGAUAAAUUCGCGGAUAUGCAAAAGUCGAAAGAAAAUGAAUUUUUAUGUAAGGAAGAAAUAGCUAAUGAAAAGAAAAACGAACGUUUGAAAGAGAUGCGCGAACGUCUGCGCGCAAAGGAAAGACACGCUGAAGAAGUUAGACAAAGGAAAAAACUUAAUAAACUACGAGCAUCUCAAGAGAAUUUCGAAAGUUCUGAAAUAUCGAAUGAAAAUGAAAAUCUUUUAUAA